CUAUGGCUUGAACAGCAACAAAUACUAUAGAGAAAUUAAGUGGGAUGUUUUAAAUUCAUACAUCACUGGAUGAAUAGGAUCAACAUUUGUAAGAAAAGGACGAAAAAGUCCAGUCAUUGUUCAUCAUGGCUGAUGUAAGCCAUUGUUACAGCAGUCCUACAUAUAAAUAUGAAACAGGCUUAGUUUCAUUAAAACCGUAACUUAGUUUUGUCUUGCAUAUCCUUGAAUUCCUGGUUCAGUACUUUGGUUUCCCUUUAGAAUUAGUUUUCUCAUCAGAAAUGUAUUUCUUUUUUUGGUUAAAUGCUUUUAGUCAUUGAAUUUGCAGAAGGUGGUAUUGAAAAUCAUGACCAUGAACGACGAAAAGACAAAAAAGAAAGCUAUAGAGGCUGUUGCCGACAUAUAUGGGGUUGACUCAAUCGCGGCAGAUGUGAAGGAGCAAAAGUUGACAGUCAUAGGGGAGAUGGACACGGUUGCCAUUGCCAAAAAACUCAAGAAAAUAGGGAAAGUAGACAUUGUUACGGUGGGACCUGCUAAAGAAGAGAAGAAAGAUGAAAAGAAGACGAAAAGAAGGGUGAAAAAAAGAAAUGAUUAUCAAAAUUUGAAGCUUGUAUUGUCGGCUUUUUUUUUAUAAAAAUAACUUUAAAAGUUUCAUUAUUUAUAAAAUGUCUCACCUUCAAAAUAAAAUACAUUAUUUAUAAAAAA